AAAGCAGGGUCAAACAUGACCGGCGGCGUCGGUCAAUGCUUCUUCUCCUCUUCUUCUCUUCAUCGCCUUUCUCUCCCUUUUCGGUUUAUUAUUAUUCCUCUGAUCCUCCUCGCCCUUCUCUUUCUUCUCUCCAAGGAUCUUAGCAGCCCGCUCCGAGACCAAGAAUCCCUCAUCUUUUCGAGCAAUUCCACUUCCCGGAUCGGGAAAGGAGGGGCCGGAAGUCGCUUUUUGCCCUUUUGAGGAAUCUAUCCUCUUUUUGGAUCUGCAAGCAUCCACAUGGCGCAAGGUGCCCAUGUUCCAAAAUUUGGCAAUUGGGAAAAUGAUGGAAAUGCCCCUUACACUAAACAUUUUAACAAUGCACGCAAGAGCAAAGCUGGAGGGACAUUAAUCAAUCCGAACGAUCCUCAAGAAAACCCAGAAGCAUUUUCUGAAGAGAUUCCUCCGGUUCAGGCCCCACCAUUUGGUACUGGGUCUGAUUCUGAGGCUCCUAAGCCCAAGGAUGAGCAACGCAAGAGCAGAGAAGAUGAUCGUCGUCGACAUACUGACUCUCCUUUACAUCAUGAUGUUGUACCUCAGAAACCCACCACAGGCUCACCAUAUCACCGUUAUGGGGAUCGACCGAAUUCGGGUGAUCCACAAAGGAGGGCAGGCAGAACAAGUGCUGGAUCAGAUCACAGCCACAGUGUCGAACAUUCUCCCCUUCACCCCCAUUAUCAGGUGAAAGCUACAAAUAGAGGUGGAGUAUCUUCUCCUACUUGGGAAAGAAAGGGUUCAUCAGAAGGUGGCCAUGGGCAUUCUUCCAACUCUGCAGGAAGAUCGAGAUUAAAGGCUGGUGGUCGAGGCGAUGAAACACCUGAAAAAGGGUCAACUGUGCCCAAGUUUGGUGACUGGGAUGAAAAUAAUCCUUCCUCUGCUGAUGGUUACACGCACAUAUUCAACAAAGUAAGGGAGGAAAAGCAGACUGGAUCAGCAAAAGUUCCCACCAUUUCCAAUGAUAUAAUAUAUCCCAAUGGUCACAAGCAAGACAGUAGUUAUGAGUCAUCAAGCUGUUCAUGUUUCGGCUGGUGCAAAAAGUAAUCAGUGCUCGUGGAAAAUUUUGUGAAGCUCUGGUCCUGUAAAUAUCUCCAGAAGGCUAUUUUAUAUCAUGGUUCUCUCUGCUUGUGUGCCUUGAUGAUAAUAGUUAUGAGUAUUAUUUAUAACAAAGCACACUUUAAUUUUCAUGUCUUGUAUUUCCUACCUUCUAUUUGUGAUGUAAAGGACCAUACUGCAUAUUCGUUUAGUGUGUUCUUAUAUGCACCAAUCUAAGGAUUCCAAGUUACUUACUUUAAUUUGGGAUAAUGCUGGUUGUAUAUAAUGGUUAAGUUGUUCAUUGUUAUGAAAACUGAAUGUUAAUGGGUCAAGAAUUCAAA